GCGCACUGAUGGCGUCCCCCGGGCCGGAGCCCAGUGUUGGGGUUCCCCGAGUCCCCGCCCCCCGCGAAGGCAGGAAGCGGAUCUCUGCGAGCUGUGAACACCUGCGCGCCCUGCUGCCCCGUUUUGAUGGCCGGCGGGAGGACAUGGCCUCGGUCCUGGAGAUGUCAGUGCAGUUUCUCCGGCUGGCCAGCACCCUGGUGCCCAGCCGAGAGCAGCAUGCUGUUGUUGCUCCCCCUAAGGAGAUGUGGCACAAGUGGCAGAAGGAGGUUUUGCAGCUGGCCCUGGCAAAUCAGACCCCAGCAGGUGCACCGGAUCCUGGGAUGGGAGCAUCUGGUGUGACCAUGCAACAGGAACCCCCGAGCUGUGCAACUGUGGGCGUGGAUGAGGGUGAGGUCCUGUCAGGAGUGGCCGAGGUGCUGGCUGGGCCACCGGCCCUUCCUGAGUCUCCCAGCCUGGUGCCCUGGCCCCCGGGCCCAAGUCCCUCCAAGGUCCUGAGGCCACCACCACUCUGGCCUCAAGGGGAUGAGGCUCAGACCUGCCUGGGGCAGGCUGAGGGGGCUGACAUGGCCAUGACACUGGAUGCCAGGUCUGUGUCGAGAUGUGACGUGGAAGACCGGACGUCCUUCCUGCUGACUGCCAGUCCCGACUGGUGGCUGGGGUCCCUGGAGGGCAGAGGCCGUGGUGCCGGCUCUCAGGCCCCAGCCAGGAGCAGCUCUCUGGACAGGGCAGAGCCGGGCUUCCUGGUGGACCCCGAGCCCGGCUCCCAGGAGCUCCUGGAUGCCCCCUUAGAGCCGUGGGGCUCGGACGUGGGUGGCCCUGGCUUGGCCCUGAGGGACGAGGUGGACAGCCUCUUCCCUGACUUCUUUGCCUACUAGGUGGCAGGAGGCCUGCCGGGCUGCGGGGAGUGGCGGCUGGGGCCUUGUGCCAUGUGCUCUGCUGUUUUAUUUUGGGUUUGGGUUGCAGCUGUGCUGUGAUUCGA